AUGAGAAUAACCCCCGAGCGUAAAACGAGUGAGCACGCGCCGUCACCGCUAUCUACGCAAAUGGAUCCUCAAUCGCCCCGCGAAAACAUCACGCGCGCGGGGUCGAGAUAUUGGCCCCCUAAUAUGACCACUGCGUUUCGUGAGCCUUCCACUGAAGCUUGUAGUGUCAUUGACCUUGAAGCCGAGGAUGUUGUCGAUUCUGGAGCGCCCCUCCCUACCCCCGCGCCCCUCUCUACCCCCGCGCCCCAGACUCCCCGCUAUGGCCCUAGACCGCAGAGCCAGGGCUUCGAGGAUAGGCAUAAAGGGCUCUAUACAAGGCAAACCUCCAGCAGGGCGGUUUUCCCACCUAAGCUUGAAGUGAUAAAUGAGAAUGAGGCAGGCUCCUCCCCCACCGUCCCCGAUACCCCCCAGCACGAGGACGUCAAUACCGAUGCGCGGCGCCCCACCCGAGGCUCAGCAGAAAUAUCACAGAAGACGACAGAUGUCGGCAAUUGGGUGAAUGCAAUCCCCUCGGACGGAGAUGUAGAAGGGGGGGCAGAAAGUCUAGAAGGGGGGGCAGACAAUCUAGAAGGCGGGGCAGAAAAUCUGCCAAAGCAGGAUUCUUGA